AUGGCAGAAAGGGAAAAACUUUCCAAAGGCAAAGUGGAUCGGCGACGGGGGAAGCGGCCAUUUCGAUAUUCCGGUUAUGAACCGGAACCGAAAAAAGAAGACGAUGAUGAAGAAGAAGCCGAUGUUGAUCAUAUAUUUCCGGUGUAUUCAGCUAGGUCUCAACAAGACAAGAAUGCUGUGGUUCAAGCCCUAACUCAAGUUAUUGGAAACAAUAACAAUAGCUCACUUGUUCAACCUCACGAUGAUCAUGAUCCCAACCCCAUUACACAACAAAACCAAUCUCAUCAUCAACAAGCCCAAGAUCAAGGGAAUGACAGGAGAAGACACUAUAGAGGAGUAAGGCAUAGGCCAUGGGGGAAAUGGGCGGCUGAGAUUCGUGACCCGACAAAGGCAGCUCGGGUUUGGCUCGGAACGUUCGAAACAGCUGAAGCAGCCGCCUUGGCCUACGAUGAAGCAGCACUUAGGUUUAAAGGAAGCAAAGCGAAGCUCAACUUCCCCGAAAGAGUUCAAGCAAGAUCCGAAUCCCGUCGUCAAGAAAUCGAACCGAGGGCGGCAGCGGCGGCACCACCAACAUAUCCCAAUAUUUCUCAGUACGCGCAGCUCCUCGGCGGUGGCUCGGGCACUCAUUUCAACUAUGCUAUGCCAAGCGCCGCCUACGGAUCCUGGCCGGGAUUUAAUUCUCAGUCUUCAUCUUCAUCUUCCACGACGUUAACGUUUCAACAACAUCAACAACAAGAGUAUUCGGGUGGAUUUUCAUUGCAGUUCGGUGGUUCAUCGCCAACUUCGGAUCAUCCCCAGAAGACGAGAGAUUAUGAUUAUUACUAUUCAAAAGAAUAAACCACUUGCAUGCAUCUCGUUUCCU